ACCACCAAAGCCGCCUGUUUGAGACCAUGAAAAUUCUCAGUUGUGUCUUAGUUUAUCGCCGGCUUCUCCUCAUAGUUGUUAGUUUGUUGGGUUUAUUACCACUUCCCCUCAUCAUCCGCACUAAGGAAGCAGAAUGUGCCUACGUACUCUUUGUUGUUGCCAUAUUUUGGGUGACAGAGGCUUUGCCUCUGUCAGUAACAGCUUUGCUGCCAGCAUUAAUGUUCCCCAUGUUUGGGAUCCUGCCUUCUACGCAUGUGGCAUCUACUUAUUUCAAAGAUUUUCACCUGCUGUUGAUUGGAGUUAUCUGUUUAGCAACAUCAACAGAAAAAUGGAAUUUGCACAAGAGGAUUGCUCUCAGGAUGGUGAUGAUGGUGGGUGUGAACCCAGCAUGGCUGACCUUGGGAUUCAUGAGCACUACUGCCUUCUUAUCUAUGUGGCUCAGCAACACCUCUACAGCUGCCAUGGUGAUGCCCAUCGUGGAAGCUGUGUCACAGCAGAUCAUCAGUGCUGAAGCAGAGGUUGAGGCCAAUCAGAUGACUUAUAUCAAUGAAGCUGCCAACGUCGGCCUGGAUAUUGAUGAAACUUCUAUGGGACAAGAAACAAAGGAGAAGAAAGAGAAAACAAAGCCAGUUCCAGGGUACAGUAGUAAUACAGGGGACAUUUCAACCAAGAUGGAGAUCCAAAAGUAUGUGUUUGUGGUGCAUAAUACAUACACUCAUCGUGGGGAAUCGGUCCAGCAGUCAUACACCUUUGGGAAAGAUAACAAUAAAUACAAAUGUAUGAGGCUCAUGUUGACUCGCUACAGAACAAAUUGUGGAUCUCCCAUUCUAGACCCCAUCACAGGGAAAAAGUACCGAUCGAAGAAGGACCACAUGCUGUGCAAACUUAUGUGUCUCUGCAUUGCUUACUCUUCCACCAUUGGUGGCCUGACCACCAUCACUGGCACCUCUACCAACUUGAUCUUCAACGAGCACUUCAACACACGCUACCCUGAUUGUCAAUGCCUCAACUUUGGAUCGUGGUUUUUGUUUUCCUUCCCGGUUGCUGUUCUUAUUCUAUUGUUUUCCUGGAUAUGGCUUCAGUGGCUUUUCCUAGGAUUCAAUUUUAAGGAGAUGUUCAAAUGUGGCAAAAGCAAAACAGCUAGAGAAAAAGCUUGUGCUGCAGUGAUUAUGCAAGAAUACCAAAAACUUGGGCCAAUGAGGUAUCAAGAAACCAUGACUUUGGUCCUCUUCAUUAUAAUGGCCCUGCUAUGGUUCAGCCGAGAUCCAGGAUUUGUUCCUGGUUGGUCAGAACUUUUUAGACAGUACUCUGGUUUUGUAACAGAUUCAACUGUUGCCUUAAUUAUAGGACUCCUUUUCUUCCUGAUCCCAGCAAAGACGCUGACUAAAACUACAUCUACAGGGGAAAUUGUUACUUUUGAUUACUCUCCACUGAUUACUUGGAAAGAAUUCCAGUCAUUCAUGCCCUGGGAUAUAGCUAUUCUUGUUGGCGGAGGGUUUGCUCUGGCAGAUGGCUGUGAGGCUGAAGCCAUUCAUGUGAACCCUCUUCAAAUUCUGCUGCCUUCUACUCUGUGUACCUCAUUUGCAUUUCUUCUCCCAGUAGCAAAUCCACCCAAUGCUAUUGUUUUUUCAUAUGGUCAUCUGAAAGUUAUUGACAUGGUUAAAGCUGGACUUGGAGUUAAUAUUCUCGGUGUUGCUGUGGUGAUGCUUGGCAUGUUUACCUGGAUUUCAUCCAUGUUUGACCUUCAAACUUACCCAUCUUGGGCUCCUACAAUUAGUAAUGUGACCCUACCAUGACAAGUACAGAAUUUCUUACUGUCUCUUGAUGACUUUGAGGGAACCAUUAAGAAUUCAUUGGAAUGUAUGACUGAGUAUAACUAAUGACAAAUUAAAUCAGUCAUAGUAUAGCUGCUGAGAUUCCAAUGAACAUCCAAAACCUGCUGUUAUAACUUGGAGUCCAUAUUUCUAUCGGGCCAUGACUGCAGAGUAUCUAUGUGCCUUCAUCAAGAAGCCUAGUUUUGAGAUUUUGCUUAUGGAGUGUCUGUAUCUUGCUUCCUCAUAAGAAUAAUUUAUAAUUUGACCUUCAAAGAGGUUAGACCAUUGGCUUUACCUUAGAACUAGAGUUUAGUGUAACAUUUCAAACAUUAAUUUAUUAGUUCAGAAACUUACCAUGAAAUUAAAAACAGGAAACAGAAUAGACACGUUAAUUAGCUACGUGGAAAAAUCAUUUCUAUAGUGUUGUUCAAAGAAUUUUCUGAAAAACAAAGCCAUGGUCAUCUGGUGGUGCAGAAAAAAGUUUAAUGAAAUGUUCAUUUCCUCACUUAAGUAAAAUUCAACAGGAUUACUCUUAAUACACAAAGCAUAAAAUUGAAUUGAAUUAAUACAUAAUUCUAAAUUUAUAAUUGAACCAUUGAAUCACAGAAAACUCAUAGGUUAUGAUGAAUUUCUACUUGAUCCAACUGGUAGAUUAGUGUUCCAUACUUUUCUUGUACCUGCACUGAGAAAUGUAUUUUCAGUAGCUAUGAACAAGGCUUGAUAUGAUUUGUGCAGUAUAAUUAGAACAGCUAAACAUGAAACUGUUCAUAAACUUACACAUAUGUACAACUUUAUCUUAUUUUAGAAAUGUAGAAUUUCAUCUGUAAAAAGCAGACAUAGAAAUGUAAAUGAAUUAUCAGUAUGUACAUAAAAAUAAAAGUCUUCUGAGUCCUUAUAUCAAAAUUGAAAUGCAAUAUCAGUGGAAACAUAAAUAAUAAUAAUAAAUUAAAAUUUUAAAUUGUCAUGUUCAUUCGUUAUGUACUAGUCAUAUAAAAAUUAAUCAUUUUCAAAGAAAGGUUGGACAUUUAAAGCUUACAAUAUAAUACUGCUGCUUUGUGAAAACUAAGUUCAUCCUAUGCUCUUGUUCCUUUUCCCAUUUUAUGUUACACAUUUAUUUAUGAUCCAUAAUAUUGAUUAUAUCUCUCCUCUUCUAUUCAUUCAAUAUAUCUCUGCUGAAUUGGAUUAUAUUCAGGUAUAUUUUCAUUGUAAAAAAAACUAAAACGACUUUUCAAAUUAUAAUGAAUAAAUUUGGGUUUCCAGAAAAUAA